AUUACAGACUCCAGUUAGCUUGUUGCUUAAUACUAACUAGGAAGUCCUCCGGUAAACUGACGUAUCCGCCCAAAAGACCGCAAAUAACGCUUGUAACAGACUAAUAUCUGCGAUAAAACACGACAUGGACGCGGGUAGACCUCAUCAGACAACAACUGGAGAUGUCACUGGAACAGAAGAGGAGGCAAAAAAGAAAGCAGCUGCAGCACAGGCAGCUAAUCGCCUCCCUGAAGUUCGCCUGGUGACGCUGGGCUGGAGGUGGCCAGGAAAGAGCCUGACGGCCAACACUAUUAUAGGCCGAGAGGAGUUUCACUUAGAGCGAGCAGCUGAGUUCUGUGUGAAGAGGCAGACUGAGGUGCAGGGGCGCCAGGUGAUUGUUGUGGAUACUCCUGGGUGGUUCUCUGCACAGGAUACACCCCCCUCUUAUAAAGGAGAGCUAGUGAGAGGAGCGUCACUUUCCCCUCCUGGACCACACGCCUUCCUGCUGGUCAUUCCUGUGGGUAUGUUCACAGAUGUGGAUCGGGCUCGCCUCGAGGAGCAUGUGAGCCUUUUUGGGGAACACGUGUGGAAGCAUACGAUUGUUGUUUUCACUUGGGCGGAGUUGUUGAGAACCAUUUCAAUAGAGAGAUACAUCCGCAGGGAAGGCAAGGACCUGCAGUGGGUGCUGGAAAAGUGCAAGCGGAGGUACUUUGUCAUAAAUAACAGCAUUUUCGAGGAGCAUCCACAGGUAGGACACUUGCUGGAGAAGGUGGAGAAGAUGGUAGCAGAAGAAGGGGGCUACUACAACCCGGGGGAGGUGAAGAACGAGAAGAAACCUGUGGAGGACAACCAAAACACAGCCAGAGAUGUACAGCAGCUGGGGGCGAGACCCAAACAGAACUCUGCACUGAGUUUAUCCAAAGCUAUGGAGGUUGAUCCACUUCCCAGUGAGUGAUGUGAAGAUUAACCAGACAAUCUUUGCUGAUGGAGCCUGUAAACCACCACUAACGGUGCCGCUGUCUCUUUGUACCGCCAGCAAAGCUGCUUAUUUUCCAAGACAAGAAAGGGUAAAUCAACUGAAAAAAUUAAACAACCCAUGUGAUUUAUUUAUUUUUUGGUUGAAAAUCACACGUUACUGUGUGUUGUAGUCAUUGUAGUCAGAAUCAUACUUUUACCAUGUAACAAUAUUUUGUUUGUAUGUGUGGUGGUUUGUUUGUUGGUUUGUUUUAGUGUUUUUGAGAGGUUGUAUGGUGGGAUGGGAGAGAUUAGCAUUGUAUGUCAUUGUAUGUAUCUUUUAAACACAGUAUGUACACACUCCUUAUUCACUGUUGACUCCAAAAUUGGCUGAACUGCACUUAUAAAUAGCAAUCACUCGAUAAUAUUCUGCCGAUGACAGUAGAGGCAAUUACGUUUAAGAUAAUUCCCAUUUGUUGUGACCAAACUGUAAAUGCUUUUCUGUCCGUGCAAUUCUCAUGACUCAAUAUGUGUGUAGUUACUAAGCAGUUGCUGCUUUAAACUUGUGAUAUUUGAAUGGAUGUGCAGAUGCUCCACCGUGGCCUUUGCAACAGAUGCACUCACUUGUCUUUUAAUUCAGUUUGAAUUGUGGUGAAAUGUGGCUUAAAAAGUACAGUACAAUGAUCAGAGGGUUUGCAGCAGCUGUUAUAAGUGGACAAACAGAUUCACCUUUAUUGUCAUUGUACUGGGGGGUUACAACGAGAUGGGGGGGGGGUUGCCCCCACAGAGCCACUGUGCGCAGCACAGACAAAAAGUAAACAAGAUAAAACAACACAGACAAAAACAUGAAAAAAGGCACUAAAACAGAGACAAAUGCUGAGUUAAAAUACUAUAAAAAAUGCUAUGAAUAAAACAAUACUGAAAGUGCGAUAAAUGUAAAGAACAGAAGGGUAAUGCAAUAAAUAUGGAAUAUAAAUACUGAGGGUGCAAUGGAUAUGCAUAAAGAGUAUGCAAUAAAAGGUGCAAGAGUUAAGGAUGAGGUAGUUUAGGUUCGGUUAUGUCAGUCUAUUUGGGGGUGUGUGUGUGUCUGUGGGUGUUUGCAGUCCUGAUGGCCCAGGGGAAGAAGCUGUUUGUCAGCCUACUGGUGCGGGAUUGUAUUGACCUGUAACGUCUUCUAGAGGGCAACAGGUCAAACAAGGGGUGAGCAGGGUGUGAGGGUCUUCUGUGAUGGCCCUGGUUCUCCUGAGGCAGCAGGAUGAGGAGAUGUGUUCCAGGGUGGACAGAGGGCAGCCGAUAAAACAUGACAGGUUUCCAGACGGCACAGAGGAGAUGAGCCUAAAGAACAGAGUCUGAUGUUUGAAGGAAACAGUAGAUCAGUGUUGUGCAGCUUUAUUUUUUACCAUAUUGUUUCUGCUCGUUAAAGUGUAUGCGCUCUUGAAGAACAUGCUGGUUUCCCAAAUCUUUGUGAGACACAGAAUUUGAGAAGAAAUCAAGGCCUUCAAGUGCUUGAAGUUGUGUUUUUAGUAAGUAACUGUGCCCCUGCUUGCGUCUCAUGAUGUCUCUCAGCUCUUUAAAGAUGCAUUUCCGCCGCAUAUUUCCAGGGACUUUAAGUACCAGGAAUGCUGUUCUUGGAACUAAAUGGUUCCCACAGACCUUUUGUUGUGAGCAUUUCCAUUGCGGUGAAAGACCAGGGAAGAUUAUCUGAAUUUGAUGACGUUGUGUCUUGUGAACAACCGAUUCCGUGGCUUGUUAAUUUAAUGCCAGUCGUUCUGUAAAACAAUCCCAACACAUUUUGGAGAAAAAAAAAACAUAUCACUGACAUAUCCUGGCAGUACAGCGUGCGUCAUUGGCACGUGGCCUCGCUGCUCCGCCUACUGUUCAAACUGCACGCCUCCCACGAGAAGAUAAGAGACGGCACAGUUUAACAUUCUUAACCUCGAUCUGUGUUGUAUUUGGUUCUUGAUUUUUGGGAACUGAAUCUGGAAAGUCUUUGAAAGGUCAUUAAAUGUGAGGUUUAAGAAGAUUUGCGAAAUUUGAAUGUUGUUACUGAUAGAUACAGGGAAUUAGGUAUGUUGUGACUCAUACCUAAUCUGAGCUCCAACAUAAUUAUAUGAAUUCUUUGUCUGUUUAAAUAAUCAAACAACUAGUGUAGUCUGCUGACCCUGGCAGCCUUUGCUCCAGCUCUUUGUAAUCGUCAUCCUUUAUUUGAUACCGCUUAAAUUACAUUUUGUAGUCUUUCGUCGGCAGCCUGCUGUGCUGAAUGUAGCUGUUUUUCAAGAAGAUUGAAUUUUCCUGAAAAGGAAUAAGAGUCAGCUGCUCUCGACAGACACUCUAAUGUAGAAUGAGGAGGCGUAGACUAUUUUUAGAUAGACCGCUUUACUUUGAGUGAUUCCUUAAAAAGGAAAACCCAGGUCAAUGAUAAUGUUAACAAUGAAUCUCAUGUAGCACCUUUAUUCACAAUGUCUCAAAGUAUGUAACAGGAAGUAGCAAAACAAAACACAACAAAAAACUAAUUAGCAGCUGACUUGGCCACACUAAAAAAUGAGUACAAAUGUGAUUUAAAAGAAGGUAGGGGUGUGGGGCCUUUAUUUUUUUACCAACUUUCAGUUCAAGUUCAAGGUUAAGGAAAAGCACAGUAACUGUGGUUAUGUUCUGUAGUUAUUAGUUACCAUGAUCGUGCAUCUUGUUGGGCCACAAACCAGCUUGAGGGUCAGUGUGUAUGAGGGCGUAUAAGGAGUGUCCCUGCUUCACACAGAUCAUGUCACGUAUAUAAGUGCCUCUGCUUUAUUCUUCUUUUAAUCAUAGUGAAAACUAAGACACUGGGUUCACAGAUCAAGGAAAUCUAGAAAUAUUUGCCUUCACUCUUUUGUCCUUUGUCACGUCUCACUGCUAACAAGUGAAUUUAGACCCACUGCGCCACCUGCUGGCCAAUACUAAUACCAGGAUGUUGGGAGAGAAAAUAAGCAAGACUCAAGUGCCAGGAUUUAAGACAGCUGACUAAAAAUAGUUUUUUAUUGUAGUAAUACUGAUGAUCUGUGUGUUUUUUUGUGAAUGUAUUUAUAUCCAUUAGAGAGUGAAACCAUAUCAAAUAUUGUUGAUGCACUAUGACUGUUUGACUCAGUGUGAGGGUUAAUACUGACAUGAGUUGACAGUCAACACAGAAACAUGAAGCAGGAGACCUACUGCUCACACGGUAUACAUUUUGUAUUUUAGAUUCAGUUGUAGUUGAUUUUAAAAAAGCAAACAAAAACCUGAAUGAUCAUUUAUAAUCACAGCUGGAGAUGUAGGUCAAACCAUGUUGGGUUUAAUGUCACUGGGCAUUGUUGUCAGUGAUGGGAUGUUAACAGCAGCAGAAGAGACGGAACUGAUAAAGAGACGACGAAACAAGAAUAUUCUGUUUCCUUCCUGAAACCCAAUAUAACUGUCUUCAUGCUGUGUUGUUUUCCAAAGGUGAUUUGACCCUUUUUCUCCUCGAGUGUCAACUUGUCUUUGUCCAACAUAUAAGUUACUCUUAAAAUAUUCAUGAAGUGAAUGAACUGCUGUUUACUCUGUGGCCCUGCAACAUGUCGUUUUAUUGGUUGUUGCUGACACUGAUUAAAUAAUGCUUGUAACGAAAAUUUAAUAGUUUUAUUUUGAACAGAUACUGCUUUGUUUCGUCUGUUUGGUCCAAAUAAAUGUAUAUAUUUUGAUCUCA